AAGCAAAGGGACAAGAUGGUGGGGGCUGUUUUCAGGAAGCAGUACCAUGUACUUCCUGUUCUGACCAUGAGAUGGCGCUGUUCGCCACGCCAGCCAAUAAAUACUGCCAGUCUGCACCGGAAGUACUCCUCUGGUCGUGGAGACCAAGUGCACCGAUAUCCCGACAGAAAGAUGGCUCAUCGGCUGCUAGCACGCAGGAUCUGGACGCUUUCCUCCAAAGAGAUCCGCCGCCUCCCGGUGUCGUCUGCCGCCAUCGCCUCCAGUUCCCUGUCCACUUCCUUGCAACCUUCCACGGCCCGGGUCUCCCUCCUGUCCCCCUCCCACCCUGUCCCCCACGCCCCCCAUCGCCAGGUCUCCUUCAAUGUGCAGGAUAAUGAAGAUUUCACAGAGAGAGUCGUCAACAGUCAACUUCCUGUUGUCAUCGACUUCCAUGCACAGUGGUGCGGUCCUUGUAAGAUCCUGGGGCCCAGGUUGGAGAAGGCCGUUGCCAAACAAAAAGGCCGUGUUGCCAUGGCAAAAGUAGACAUUGACGACCACACAGACCUGGCCAUCGAGUAUGGGGUUUCUGCUGUCCCAACGGUCCUCGCCAUGAGAGGAGGCGAUGUUGUCGACCAUUUUGUGGGGAUCAAAGAUGACGAUGAACUGGACUCAUUUGUCAGCAAGGUGAUUGGACAGUAAAGCGGCGGUGCCGGGUUUAGCGGCGAAGGCUUGACCCCAGACUCACGGCCUUCCCUAGACCCGAGGCUGCUAUUCAUCGCUUUCGCUUUCUCUUUCAUAGUCUAGUCAUGGGUGUGUGCCUCUGACCUGUAAUAAGCACUUCCUGUCUCCUUGCCACCUCCGACCGCUUUCAUUCAGCCCAGGGUACUCUUGUACUAUGUACUGUGUACUGUGUACUGUGUACUAUGAGGGAUGGACCUUUAUAGUCCAAGUCCUAAAGAAGGUUCAUCAACAUGAAGCCGCUGUAGUUCCUGCUUUCGUCCAUGAGAUGGUGACAUUUUUCUAACAUGACGAGCCACCAAGCCAGGCUCCUUUGAUACCAAUAUGCCUAAUAAUAAUGGGGGGUGGGGGGGUGCACUUGGGGGUCCCGAUGGGCAAGAAUUGCAAAUUUGACCUCCUGUAUUACUGUAAUGAUGCUGUUCUGCCAACGGCCACAUGAUGGAAUAAAGACAUCCAAAUGGGCGCCUGCGUUCCAUGAGUCCAUGAGAUGCUUGAAGAUUCAGGAUUAUUAGGGGGUCCACUCCUGGCUGGGGUACGUGCUCCCAAAUAGCCGGAACGCUUGCUGUGUUCCGGGUCACGUCUAUAAAUGUGUGCCAUGGAUAGCAAAUGUCCCGAAGUAAACAAAGUCCACCAAGGAACCGGAGAAGCAUUUUAUCUGGAUCGUCAUUGGCCGCUUGCAGAUUGGCGUUUAUCUGACAACUCCUUGUACUUGUAGCGAUACCGCCGUUGAUGACAUCACUGCAUGGAUGGGUGAACAAAGUCCGCCAAGGAACCACAGAAGCCUUUAUGCCUUCACCUCAUCAUUGCUGUCUUCCAGAACCCACAGUAGACGGAAGCCUGGGCCCACUGGUACUUUGGUACCAGAAGUACUUGUAGUGAUACUGCCUUUGAUGCUGAGCCACCAGAAGUACUUGGUACUUGUAGCGAUACUGCCUUUGAUGCUGAGCCACCAGAAGUACUUGGUACUUGUAGCGAUACCGCCUUUGAUGCUGAGCCACCAGAAGUACUUGGUACUUGUAGCGAUACUGCCUUUGAUGCUGAGCCACCAGAAGUACUUGGUACUUGUAGCGAUACUGC